CUGCCCUGCUGCCUAAUGCGGUACGGGGCAGAGGGUUUCUGGGCCGCCCUGGUGGUGAGCACCGGCUGGGGGGCAGCCGCUGAGCCCGCCUGCAGCCCUUUCCGGUCUCUAGGGCCGGGACCCCGCCCGCGGUGGGCCUACGGGGCAGAUCCCGCGCGGGCCGCUGACACGGACGGGCGGCCGUGCACGCCAGGCAGCCACAGUGGAGGAGAGGCUGCUGGGAGACCACUCCGCGCGGAGGCUGCUGGGAGUCCCAGUGUCGCUAGGGGUUGCUCGCUGUGCGGCAGUUGGUGCGGAACGCGGCGGAGCUCGCGCUUGCCUGGUUGCUGGGGUGACGGGGCGGAAGCGGACCUUCCUCCGCGCGCCAUUUUCAAACCGCUAGUUCGGCCCAGUGGCCGGCGCCGAGGCCUGCAGAGCCGGAGUCGCCGUGACCUUGUCCAUACAACAGAGAGCCUGCGCAGUACAAAGUUAUCUGCUGGAAAAAUUGAAAAAGAAUGCAGCAAUUUUGAUGCUAUUCUAGAACCUUAUAAAGCAGAGAAUGCUAAACUCACCAGGGAAAAUAAUGAAUUACAUUUAGAGAUAUUGAAACUGAAAGAACAAUCUGAUCGUCAUGUUAAAGACUUGAAGGCCACAUUAAGAAAGAUUGAACAUGAGACAGCUGACUUGAAAUUUCUGAAUAAUCAAUAUAUACAUAAAAUUCGAUCAUUAGAGCGAGAUAACAAAGCCAAGACUGAAAAAAUUCAGCAACUUCAGGAGAAGAAUCUACAAGCAGUAGUACAAACUCCAGGUGGCAGGAAAAGAAACAUUCCAUUCAGGCGUCAACUCAUGCAGAUUGAUCAACCUGUCCCUCCUUCAGGAGUCAGUGCCUAUCCAAUUCCUCAGCCAGAUGACCCGUAUGUUGCAGAUCUUCUUCAAGUGGCUGAUAACAGAAUUCAUGAACUUCAGUUGGAAGUAGCCGAAUUGCAGGAAAAGCUGGAGAUAUCUGGACGUGGGGUGAAAAAUUAUAGCAAACAGGUUGAACUGAGAGAUAGAGAGAUAGAACGUUUAGUACUAGCACUGGAUGGUGGUCGCUCUCAUGAUGUUAUAUCUUUGGAAUCCAGAAGUAAAAGUAACGAGAAGCUUAUUGCCCAUUUAAAUUUGCAGGUUGAAUAUCUUCAGCAAACAAACAGAGAGCUUGAGAAUCGCAUACAAGACCUUUUGGACACCAAACAAAAUGUCACUAGUGAAGUGGUUCAUUUAAGCAAUAAAAAUGAAGAACUAUGCCAAGAACUGAGUGAGAUAGACCAUUUGGCACAGCAGUUGGAAAGACACAAAGAAAUUGUGCUUGAGACUGCUGAUAAGGAAAUUGGGGAAGCUAAGAAAGAAAUUAAAAGAAAACAUAGUGAAAUACAGGAUCUUGAAGAAACAAUAGCGAGACUUAAGUCAGAGUUAUGUUCAUGUCGAAGAGAAAAAGAGAGGCUGGCUGAUGAACUCUUUGGAAAAGCAGAUGAAAAACAAAAUUUUGAACUAUUGUUAAACCAGCUUGAGCAAGAGAAACAAAGGCUUUCAGAAAAAGUUGAAAACUUUGAAAUUAUAGAACGAGAACUUGUCUUAGAAGUAGAGAGAAUGAGGUUAGAAUAUGGUAUAGCUUUUGGAGACAAGACACCUUCUCGACUAGAUGCAUUUGUGAAGACUUUAGAAGAAGACAGGGAUUACUAUAAAAGAGAGCUAGAAUAUCUUCAAAAGACGAUAAAACGAAGAGCUAGCCCGUGCCGUAGGUCUCCAGAAAAGAGUGAAGAUGUGAGGUUGAUCACGAGGGAAAGAGAUGAACUACAAUCUAUGUUGGAUAGAUUUGAAAAACACAUGAUAGAAAUUCAAUCCAAUGUCAAAUUACUGACUGCAGAAAGAGACAAAUUAAAUGUCCUUUAUGAACAGUCUCAGGAUGAAUUAAAUAGGUUAAGGAGAGAGGCAACGCAUACUUUAGUUUCUCAAAGUCACGUGGAAGAGGAAAGAGACAUUGCAUUAGCUGACUUCAGAAGAAUGAUGGCAGAAAAAGAAAGUCUAAGGGAGAAACUAAAGGUCCAACAGGAGGCAGCUGCCUUUGAGAAAUCAAAGAUGGAGCAUGACAUCGCAGAACUGGAAAACACUAUUUCUGGGUUUGAAACACAACAGUUUGAACUGAAGAGUACAAUCUCUGUACUGAAAGAAAGAAUAAACUUUCUGGAAGAUGAAUUAAAAAUAAAGUCUAAUAAACUUGCUCAGACAUCUGAUGACUCUUCACAAUUUAAAGCUGAUUUAUGCUCACUUCAGCUAUUAAAUGAACAACUACAGCGGUCCCUUGAAGAUAUUCAGCACCAAUCCUCUCUUAAAAAGGAUGAACUUCAGUCAGCUCAAGAGGAAAUUGCAAAGCUAGAGGAGAAAAUAGAUAGGUUAAACCAUAAGAGCUCUUCACAGGAUGAGACAGUGAAUGUGCUUAGAAGUACCAUUAGUGUCCUGGAUAAGGAAAAGGACAGUCUUCAGGAAACUGUAGAUGAAAAGACAGAAAGAAUUGCAUGUUUAGAUGACAACUUAGCUAACAAGGAAAAAACAAUUGCUAAUUUGAGACUAACUCUGUCAGAACUGGAAUCCUCCGUAGACCAACUAAAGGAGGCGCUGAGUAACAGAGAUCGGGAGUUAGCUAGUCUCCGUCGCCAGCUUGAUGCAUCUCAGGUAGAGCUUGCAGAAACAGGAAGAGUGAAGGAAAUGGCUCUGAAGGAGAACAGAAGAUUACAAGAUGAUCUAGCUAUAAUGGCCAGAGAAAACCAGGCAGUCACUACUGAACUGGAAGAAGCAGUACGUGAAAAAGAAGAAAUGAAGACUAGAGUUCAUAAUUACAUAACUGAAGUAUCCAGAUUUGAAAGCUUAAUGGCUUCAAAGGAACAAGAAAAUCAGGAAUUGUUAGAGAAGUUCCGAAUGCUCCACAACCAAGCUGAGGACUGGGAAGUCAAGGCCCAUCAAGCUGAGGGAGAAAGCAGCUCAAUACGUCUUGAACUCCUCUCUGUAGAUACUGAUAGACGACAUCUUCGAGAGAGAGUGGAACUUUUAGAAAAAGAAAUUCAAGAGCAUAUCAAUGCACACCAAGCAUAUGAAUCUCAGCUCUCUUCAAUUACAAAAAAUAUGUCCAGAUUGGAAGAGAAUCUCAAAUACGAACAAGAAGAAAAGUCUUCUUUAUUAGCUGACCUGGCUUCUAUGAGGGAACUGUGCAUGAAACUUGAGUCUAGCAAAGAACUUUUUUCACGACAGCUAACAUCCAAAAACAUGGAUUAUGAAAGGGUUCUGGCUGAAUUAGAAGAUAUAAAGUCAGAAGCAGAGCUGUUAAAAAAGCAAUUGUCCAGCGAACGACUUACUAUUCAGAAUCUUGAAACACUGCUCGCUACUAGCAGAGACAAAGAGUUUCAGAAUCAUUUAACAUCCCAUGAGAAAGAUUCAGAAAUUCAGUUACUUAAAGACAAGCUAACACUUGCCGAGAGCAAACUAACCAGUCAUAAUAGAGAAGUUUCCGUACUUCGAAGUAAAGUUGCACAGCUACAGACAGACUAUGAUGUUUUAAAAAGGCAACUGACAACUGAACGAUUUGAACGAGAGCGUGCAAUUCAGGAAAUGCGUCGACAUGGUCUGUCCACAUCUUCUGUACGUACCUCAUCUCCACUUAGUUCAACAAUGAGAUCUCCUUCCCAUUCUCCAGAGCGUGCAAUUGUAAGAACAACUGAUCGAGCAACAGCAGAAAAAAUGUGAGCUACAAGGAAUAACCAUACCUGGGAUAGUCUUAAAACUAAACUUGUAAUAGAAGGAUUAACUUGUUUCAAGGACUUUUGAAAAUGAUGAAGGUUGACAUGAAUUCUACCUCUGACUUGGCUUCAAAUCAGUGAUAACUUGUGAAGUUGUGUGUGCACAUGUCCUACAAUCAGCCUUGCAAAAUUGUAUUGUCCCUAUUUAUCUGGGGGUGACAAGGGUUUUUUUUUAUGGGUGCUUUUCAUUGCUUGUCGACGCACAGAAUUCACGCAUUAUAACAAAGUUGCAUGACAAUUUUGCAAAGCUAGUAUAAUAGCUAUAUAGAUUUAUGGUACAAAAGAAAAGCUGGGUCAGAAUAACUGAUGCAGCUUAUGAUUUCAAUGCUUAUUUAAAUUUGCUAAAAUCAGAUAUGGCUUCAGAAAUUUGUCCAUACUACAGCAUGAGCUGAUAUUGAGCAAAAACAGGCUUGGACUUUUUAAAAAGAUUUUAAAGAUUUGUUCAUGUACAGUAUGUUUGUUAUGGUUCUGGUGGAUUUCAGCGUGUUUUGGAUUUUUUUUUUACAAGUGCUUUCUGUUUGCAUGUCACUGCUUUUAUACACUCCAUGUCUUACAGAAUCUGUUUAUUUUCUGAAUGUAUUAUCAUCCUUGCUGUAGAUUUUUUCUUCUUCACAAAGAGAAGUGUCAAAUCAAUAGUUGUAUUUUAUAAAUUUACGUUAUAUGUCAUCUCUAAUAAAAACAAUAGUCUAGUCUUCUGCAAUACUAUUUAUAUUUUUAACUUAUUUUGCCAAUGUUAAUGAAAAGUAAUGGAAAUGAGAUUUUAAACUUGUACUGUAUUACAAUAUACUAAAUAUUACACAAUAGUUCUAUUUUACUUAAUAUGAAUAUUUCCAAACUAAAUCUGGAGAUAUUUUUCUAUUUUUUUUUUUAAAGAUCAGAACAAAAUCUGGAAUUGUUCAUGCAGUUGAGCUCAAGUUUUUAAAGAGCUGUGACACAGGGCCUUAUUAGGAUACAGUUCUACUAGGUAAGUGCAGUGAGGAUUAAUCUCUUUAAGAAAACUGAUAAAUGUGACAGACAAUUAUUAAAAGUUUAGGUCAAAGUAGGUUAUAUACUGUGCUACAUUCAUUUUUUAUAACACAUUAAAGCUGAUCUAUGUCAGAACUGUAUAUUUGGAUUCAUGUUAAUUGUCCUUCUCCAAAAUAUUAAAUUUGAAUAGUGCUUAAUAGUAUUUAGUAAUUCAAAAGAUAAUGUGACAAGUAUUUAUUGGUGUUAUAUAUAUAAUUAGAAGGGGAAACCUAUACUGUUGUAAUGCAUCCCUACUGACUGAUUUACAGCAUUCCAUUCAUAUAACUUUGAAGAAAAUCCUGUACUUUCCAGAUUCCACUAUGGACACCAAUAAGGCAUAAAGAACGUAUAAAAUGGCAUGGAAGAAUUAAACUUUGAACUUCGCUACACUUGGUCUCCCAUCUACAGUAUUUUGCAAUAAAAUUAUUAAGAUUGUGACUUAAUAAAAAUGUGUUUAAACUGGAA